UCCCGCUAUGUAAUAGACUGAGCUCUCGCGUUCCACCGCAAGAAAUUGUGUUUUUCAGUGAGAGAAGCUCUCUUUCCUCAGUCGAAAUUCACCGAAAUGGAAGAAAACACAGAGCGCGGAGCCCAUAUUCCGUCCCCACCUCCUUCUGAGCAGCUGGACGUAUCAACUACUAUAGAUCCCAGCUACAUAAUAUAUCUUAUACGACAACUUUUGCCACAAGACAAAAGGCUUAAAAAUGGGUCUCGGGGAUUAAGCACUCACCAGAACUCCAAUGAAGAGCCACAGAGUUAUCACUCCAUGAAUGUUGAUGAUGGAAACAAGCAUGAAGUUGAACAAAAUGAGCCUACAGAGAUGCAACAUGAUGGCUUAAAGUAUCCAGUGCCAGCGGCAACGGAGGACUCGUGGGAGGAAUAUGGGUGCAUUUUAUGGGACCUUGCUGCUAACCAAGCUCAUGCUGAAUUGAUGGUCCAAAAUCUCUUGGUCGAUGUGCUUUUGGCGAGUCUUAGUGUUGCCACUUCUGCCAGAAUGACAGAGAUAUUCUUGGGAAUCAUGGCAAACUUGGCAUGCCAUGAUGUUCCUAGAAAUGUUAUGGUUUCCACUGAAGGACUAAUUGAAAAGGUUUUAGAGCAACUUUUCCUAGAUGACUGUCCAUCUCUCUCAGAAACUUGUCGUUUGCUAGUGGUGUGUCUCCAAAGUAGCAGAGCCAUCAAAUGGAUUAACGCAUUGGAAUCUGAACCCAUUUUACAGCGUCUCUUGUGGAUCACAGGAAAUACUUUGAACUCUCAAUUAUUAGAAAAGUGUGUUGAAUUACUACUGGCAAUUGCUGAUAGUCAAAUAGCAAAACCGAUUCUCCUUCCACCUUUAUUGCGGCUGGGUUUGCCAGAUAUCUUGGCCGAUCUCUUGGCAUGUGAGAUCAAUAAGAUAAGUGAGGGCAAACUGUACGACAGAGAUACAAUUCUUGACCUUAUACUUCAAGUAUGUGAAGCGCUAUCGGUUGUUCAAAAUUAUUCAGAGAUGCUCUGUUCAAAUAAGAAGCUUUUUCAGCUUGCCUGCGAUGUUAUCAAGCUUCCUGAUAUUGAUGAGGUGGCCAGAUCUCGUGUUACCGCAGUGGUCUUGAUUGCAAAUCUCCUUUCAGAUGGACCAAACCGAGUGGCUGAGAUUUCACAUGAUUUGCCUUUCCUGCAGGGUCUACUGGAUCUUUUGCCUUCAGUGUCUGAUGAUUCUCAAGCGCGCCAUGCACUCUGGAGUGUCCUGGCUAGGAUCCUAGUGAAAGUCCAAGAUGCCGAUAUGGGCUCAUUAUAUUUGAGACAAUAUGCCUCAGUACUGAUGCGCAAGUCUGAUGUGAUUAUUGAAGACAUUAUUGAUCACAAUCGAGAAGGUGAAGGUUGGGAGUGUGGUUCUAACGGUUUCACUAGUGGUCCCAAUGCCAAAACAAAAUCAGUUGAUAGCAUGCUCAACAUUUUUGAUGCAUGGAUCAACUCAAGUGCCAGUGCCCGUGAGCAAGAUUUAACUAAAGACGUAGAAAGAGCUCACAAAUUGCUGCGGUCCUGUAUGGAAGAGCAGCAGUGACUGUCCCAGACUGUAUAUUUUCCAUAGUUCAGCUUUGAUCCCACUUGUAACAAUUGUAUUGCCUUAUAUAUUUCUGAGGUGGAGGAAGGUGAGGCAAGUCAUCAUGCCCCUUAUGCCCAGGGUGACACCCAUGCUAUAAUGGCCAUGACAAAGGGUCUCUAAGCCCCUCUUUCUUGAUUAGCAUCACUUCUGAUUCCAUUAAAUCAAUAAACCGGACGAAAGUAUUUUCUUAAUGUAUGAAUAGUCUUUUCAUCCCUUUUAUUUUAUUGCAAUGCAUGCCCCAAAUGUUCUUU